AUGGAUCGCCGGAACUCCGCCGGAGCUGCGCCGGAGCCGCGCGAGUGGAAGAAGAAUCACGCUCCUCCCCUCCCCUACCCCGUGCUCGUCUCCUCGCGGCAAUCCCAUGCGGCGCCUCCGCGUGCGCGUGACGACCUCGUCACGUGCGUUCUCCAGCAUCUCGCGGCGCGAGCGCGCUCCCCCGCCGACCUGAUCAACGCGUGGCUGACGUGCCGCCGCGUGUGCGCGCUGGGCGUCGAGCCGCACGUGCUGAGUCGCGCGUCGCCCGCGGCCAUUUCGGUGGCGGCGCCGUCCUGGUCGGACGGCGCGCAUCGGUUCCUCAAACGGUGCGCCGCGGCGGGUAACCUCGACGCGUGCUACUCGCUCGGCAUGAUUCAAUUCUACUGCCUCGAGGACCGUCGCCGCGGCGCGACGCUGCUCGCGCGCGCCGCGCUCGGCGGGCACGCGCACGCGCUGCACUCGCUCUCCGUGAUCCACUUCAACGGCAGCAGCGGCACGCGCCUCGAUCGCGACCUGCUCGCGGGCGUGCUGCUGUGCGCGAAGGCCGCCGCGCAAGGCCACGUGGAGGCGCUUCGGGAGCUGGGGCAUUGCCUGCAGGACGGGUAUGGGGUUCCGCGGAACGUGGCGGAGGGGAGGCGCCUGCUGCUCGAGGCGAACACGAGAGAGGCCGCUACAGUUGCUGCCGCUACAGCCGCUACAGCCGCUACAGCUGCUACAGCUGUUACAGCGGCUGCAGGUGUAUCAACCGCUACAUCCGUUGCUGCACCAGCAGCUGCUACAGCUGCUACAGCGGGGAGUGCGGCUACAGUUCUUACAGCAGCUGCGAUCUCUCCGCCUUUUGAAGCAGUUGCUGCACCCGCGCCUUGGCUUCCAGAGACAACAGAAGAAGUCUCCGCGGGAGCAGUCUCAGCGGGAGCAGUCGCAAGAGGGGCAGUCACAAGAGUAGACUUUGGAAUUGCCGAAGCCACGGGUAUUGUGAGAAUAUCAUGGGGAACAGAGAAUACCGAAGCAGCAGCGGUAGUGGUUUCUCCGCAGAGCCAGUUUACAAUGCAGUUCAACCCUCUCCAGUUCAAGCCUCCUUAG